UGUUUCAACAUAUCCAUAGAUAAAAAAGGAAUACACUCGAACAUAAAAGGUUGAAUGACCUUGUCUUUAUUCGAUAUAAUAUGAGGUUGAAACAAAGAGAAUUAGAAAAAUCAUUAGUAAGGAAGCACACAUCUCAGUUCGAUCCUAUCAGCUUGGAAAAUUUUGACGAUCUAGAGCCAUGGAUUGAGGAAGAACCAACUACAAUAUUUGAUGAUGAAGAUCUUGAAUGCUUCAACCUUGAAGCUGAAGCAACAGAAGGCUUUGUUGAUGAAGGAGAGUCUGCUAUUGCUACUGCUGGUGCUGAAUAUGUUGGUGAGGAUCUUCCAAUUCUUGACGAUGAAGAUGAAGAAGAAGAUGAAAAUGAAGAUGAAGAUUAUGAAUGACGAAUCAUGAAUGAGAGUCAAGUCAAUAGUGCUUUCAUUUUAUAUAUAUUGAACAACUUAAGAGUUAUGAAUCUAUGGUUGUUGAACACUUGAAUGUUUUAUCACUUUAUGGCUUAUGCUUUGUUGAAUGAUAUUGUUAUGAAUUUUGAUGUCUAUGAAUGAUGAACGCGUAAGUUUAUAGCAAUAAUAAGUCUAUCAUUAUCUCAAACA